AGACAUUGGAUCUAAAGAGACACCGAAAAGCAGCACUCCGUCAAAGAUCAUCACGUCAAAGCAGUGCGGAGGAGGGAGAGGCAACCGUGGCAGCUCCCCGGUCUCCACGGCAACCAGCAAAGACAGACUGUCUUCUUCUUCUAAAGGCGCGGCAAGCGCGGCAGGCGCGGCCCCUGUCCAGUCCGAUGGUGCUGAAAUCCAUACGUUGACCAGGGCGGCGGCGGCUGAGAGCGGCAGAGGAACGGCAGAGGAGCGCGGUAGUCCGUCUGAAGACUCGCGUUGUACUGAUAUAUCGUGUUUGAAGGGGGAUACAACACGGGUUGUUUCUGAUCAGCCUUGUUCAUCCAAAUCUCCUAAAUUGAAGAACAAUAACCCGAGAGGAGGGGGAGGAGAAGGCGAGGCUAGCAGCACAGCGACCGGAAACAAAAAGAGCUCCGGCAAGAGCAGUGUGGGCUGCGGCCCUGGCUUCUGGAGAGAGGGAUGUUUGCAGUCGGAGCUGAUCCAGUUUCACCUGAAUAAAAGCUUAAAGAAAGGAGGAGGAAAGAUGAAGACGAAGACACCGUCUCCCCCGGAGCCGGUCACGGAAAUGGCGGAACCAGAGGAUCUCUCCCCUGAGGCCAUCGUUAACGAGCCGGAACCGGUACCUGAGCCCGACCAGCUAUUUCAGGAGGAGAUAGAGAAACUAGAGGAUGAAAACGAUGAACUAAAGACUGAGAUAGAGGAGAUGAGAGCGGAGAUGGACGAGAUGAGAGACACGUUCUACGAAGAGGACGCCUGCCAGCUGCAGGACAUGCGUCGCGAGCUGGAGCGAGCCAAUAAGAACUGCCGGAUUCUCCAGUACCGUCUGAGGAAGGCAGAGAGGAAGAGGAUGAGGUUCGCUCAGACCGGAGAGGUAGACGGAGAGCUACUGAGGGCCCUGGAGCAGGACUUGAAGGUAGCGAAGGACGUGUCAGUGCGUCUGCACCAUGAGUUGGAGAAUGUGGAGGAGAAAAGGACGAAGACGGAGGAGGAGAACGAGAAACUAAGGCAAAAGCUGAUAGAGGUGGAGGUGACCAAACAGGCCCUGCAAAACCAACUGGAGAAGGCCAAGGAGCUGUCACUGAAGAGGAGAGGAGGCAGGGAUGUUCAGAAGGAGAAAAGGAUUCCACAGACUCCAAUAGAGGAGGACAACGAAGAUCUGAAAUGCCAGCUAGCCUUCAUCAAGGAGGAAGCCAUUUUGAUGAGGAAAAAAAUGGCUAAAAUUGACAAGGAGAAGGACCGGCUGGAACACGAGCUGCAGAAGUACCGCUCUUUCUACGGGGAUGUGGACAGCCCUGGGCCCAAGGGAGAGGCUGGAGGACCAGCCACCACCCGGGAGUCAGAGCUGAAACUGAGACUGAGACUGGUGGAGGAGGAAGCCAACAUCCUGGGGAGGAAGAUCGUAGAGUUGGAGGUGGAGAAUAGAGGACUGAAGGCUGAACUGGAGGACAUGAGAGACAGGGAUGAGGUGGCAGGAGGCUCGGCUGAGCAUGGCUGCAGCAGGGAGCAGGGAGAGGAACUCAGGGAGCUGAGACAGCAGCUACAGCUGGUGGAGGACGAGGCAGAGCUACUUAGGAGGAACCUGCAGGACGCAGAGGAGGACAACAACAAGGUGACUCCCAAAUGGCACCCUAUUCCCUAUACAGUGCACUACUUACUACUGCAGGAUGUAGAGGAGAACAACAGUGACGGGGAGCUGAACAAGCUGAAGUACAAGGAGGGCUCCAGGCACGGCGCCGGGGUGGAGGGGUGGCGCCGGGCGGCUGCAGACCGGGCCAAGGUGGAGGUCCUGCAGGAGGAGCUAAAGGCUGCCAGGCUGCAGAUCAACGAGCUGAGUGGCAAGGUGAUGCAGAUCAUCUCUGAACCGCCUAAUGCUGUCCAUCAUGAGCGCUAA